GUCUGAAACUUGGGUCCUGAUAUUUGAACAUGUUGUAGCCAAUCAGCGUACGGAUGCAGAAAGCGCCUGCCGUUUGAAUGGUUUGCGGAACAACGCAAUACGGGUCAGAUGUUAAUGAAACGGGUAGUGUUUAUGUAAGUGUAGUUAAUUGAUAAUUCAGGAAUUUAGAGAAGAAUGUAGCUAUUUCUUACAUCUAGACCGAUAAGUAGUUGUUCAAGUCAGCGUAACGUAACCGAAAGUCGUAGACAAAUGAAGUGAAGAAUUGAAAUUAGACUUGGAACGUGAAAGAAGGUCCUUGUAUAUGCCAGACGGGGUGGAUAGCUAGUUAACAUUAGCUAGAAAGCUAGGAUGUUGACUGGUCAAGCAAAGUUUAUCGAAUCUAAUAAAACUACACGGAAGGUUUGAGAAAGGAAGGGGGUCGCUCAGUGGUUGUUUUCGGAACGUUACUGAAUUGUUUUGGAAAAGUUGGCACGCUUAAAUACUUAACAAGAAAGAAAAUGAAGAUUUCGGAUAGAAAUGUGAUGCGCUUGGCCGUCGUACAACACAUCCGCACAACGUACGGAAUAAAGAUGAAAAACUGGAACAAAAGCAAAGCAAGCAACAAGUUGACAGCAAGCCACUCGAGCAAAGUAUUUGGAGUGCCUCUGGAUACUUUGCGGCAGUGCAAUGUGGCUGAAUAUGGGAGCAUACCCUGCUUUCUGGUGGAUACUUGUACAUGUCUAAUGGAGCAUGUUGACACAGAGGGCUUGUUUAGGAAGUCUGGCUCGGUUGUUCGUCUGAAAGCCCUCAAAGCAAAGCUGGACCAGGGUGAGGAGUGCAUCCCUACAGCGCUCCCCUGUGACGUGGCUGGCCUCCUGAAGCAGUUCUUUCGUGAGCUGCCCGACCCCGUCAUCCCCCCCGAGCUGCACGAGGCUCUGCUGAAAGCACAGCAGCUGCCCACUGCUGAGGAGAGGACCUCGGCCACCCUGCUGCUGUCCUGCAUGCUGCCCGACAGAAACCUGCAUGCCCUGCGCUAUUUCUUCAUUUUUCUCAACAACGUUUCGCUGAGAUGUGCGGACAACAAGAUGGACAGCAGUAACCUUUCGGUGAUUUUCGCCCCAAACCUCCUCCAUUCCAGCGACGGGACGGAGAAGAUGAGCAGCAGCACCGAGAGGCGCUUGAAGCUACAAGCCGCCGUGCUGCACUGCUUCAUUGAGAAUGCUCAGGCCUUUGGUGUGGUUCCUCAGUUCAUCGCCGAGAAGGUCCCUGCCAUGCUGGGCUGCGAGCCUGGGCUGGGCUCCCCUUUCCUGGAUGCCACCGAGGAUGGGGAUGUGGACUCUGGGGUGAAGAAGAGGAGGAGGCGCAGUCUUGGAGAUAUGGUAAAUGGAGCUCUCAAUAAGUUAAAAAGUAGUAGAACUCCCACAAAUACACCCCAAACUGACACGUCAGGCUUUUCAUCAGCUACUCCUGUGAUUAGGACUCCAAACACUAAACGGAAGCUCGGUCCAGAAUCUGCCUAUAGCAUGGGGUUCUCAAACAAGAAACGGAGAUCCAUCAAGAAGAACCUCGGUCUGGAAUUGCUUCCAAACGUUUUGUUUGGUACCGGCUCCACCCCUGGCUCAGUACACCUUGAAUCCAGCCCAUCUGUGUCCCUGGACUCCUCCCAGAAUGCAUUGUCUUCAGUGGGCGUGGCCAGUAGGCACUCUGCCAGCUCUUCCAGGAGAAAGAGCAGACGAAUCAGCAAUAAGCAUGUCAACAGAGUUGAAUCUGGAAAGGCUGGCUGCUUCUCCCCCAAGGUCACCAAGAAAGAGGCAGUGCGCAAGUCCCUGCGGCUGCGCUUCAGUCUGGGAAAGAGCAGCAGAGAGCCUAGUGUCAUUUCACAUUCACUUCCGGCGCCAAAAGGAUCAGAGACCAUUGGCUGGCGACUUGCCACUCAAGAAAGCGCCACCAGUUUUCGGUUCACCACAGAGACCGCAUUUAGUCCUGCAGUUUUGCGAAUCAAGAACACCUCAAAAAGUUCCAAGUUUAUGAGCAAGUCUGAGGACAACUUGCUCACCCCCCAGUGCGAUACCACCGGACACAGGACGUCCUGGAAUGGAGCCAGCCCGGUUGGGCCCCAGAAAUUCAGUACAGACUCCUACACAGACACGCCCAUCGGUGCGUGCCUCAAGAACAACUACUUCUCGGAGCCCGUCCUGGUGCCAGGCAAGCCCCCGGUCAUCGGUGGCAUCCCCAAACGCCUCUGCUGCGUCACCAGUGCCGAGAGCCUGGAGGGCGACGGCUCCUUCACCGAGAGCGACCGCGUGACCGGCCCCACCCUCCUCAAGAUCAAGAGGGCCUUCACAGAGUCCGGCAGUGAUCUGCGCUCUCUCGUUCAGGAACACGGCGCCCCUUCUGGAGCGGCGGGGCAACCGAAGCCAAACGACACGACCUGCGGUUCCGUACACCCAGAGUCGUCUGCAAGAAGGGACACUGUGUUGGAGGGCAAACCGAAUGUGUACACGCCAAACCUAAAGAAGACUGUAGUGGAUGACCAGGACGUCACCUUUGGUCAAAUAGAAAUAGUGCCUUUGUCUCCUUUGCACAUAGACAGUGCCCUUUUUGAGACGGAUCCAUUGUAUUGUCCACUGGAGAAAGAGGGCAGCAGGCUGUUCCAGUCUACUGCUGGCAAUGAUGACGGUGUUAAAGAUGGAGAGACUGAGCAUGUAAAUAGCAGCAGGCUCAUUGAAGCCCUUGAUAUCAGCCCUCUGCACUUCAAACUUGGUCCCUCAUCGGAAGCACAGUCGACGCCUUACAGAAACGCAGUGCCUGUUCAGGAGCCGGACACUCCACUGCCUACUGCUAGUGAAGUCCCAGCAGCCACACAGCCCCAGUCCGUGAAAGAGCCUGACCCCAGAGCGCUCGCGCGAAAUCCAGAAAACUCCUCAGACACCGCAGAGAUGCUCAGACUGAGGGUGGCUGAUCACGUCCAACGGUUCAAUAAGCUCACCUUGAACUCCCCAAAGGCGAGAGGCUGCCGGUCCCCGCUCAAGUUCCAGCGAACCCCUGUGCGCCAGUCCGUCAGAAGGAUCAACUCCCUCCUGGGGGACCCGAGACCCUCGCGGCCCGACAGUUGCACAGCCGCUGUGGGGUCCCCCAUCGUGAAGUCGGUUAGUUGUGAUAGCGGCCUGUCUAAGGGUGCAGAGCUAACGCUGCACCAGGCUGAAAGCCAGGUUUACGUUUCCUGUGCCCCUUCUAACAAGCGGUACAGCUCACGGGUGCCCCCUCCUGUCCCACCCAAGAAGUGCACUAGCAUCAGACGACAAAGCCUGCAUACCGCACUUGGUGAUGUGACCAACAAGAUGCAGCAGAAGGCCAAAGGUGACCUGCCCCUGCCAAAUAAGAGCAGUACAACAACAGCGCAAAACCCAGGGAUGUCUGCUGUCCGUGAAAUCGCUGAGAAAGAAAAGUGCCGCUAUAAGGGCUCGCCAAAGAACCCCCUACCUGAAGGCAGGCUACGUUCAGCCACCAAGCCCAUCGAUCUAUGAAUCUCACGCUUGACCUCAUGCUACGUGCAAUGGUAUGGUCCAGCUGAGAUGGACUAAAUUGCUUCAGACCAUUCCAUUUUUUUAUUAGACUUUCCUGAGUACCUUAUAAUUUGUUUACUCAGUUUCCAAAUGCUGUUCUGUGUAAUGUGACUGAUUGCAUAAUGUCUGUUUAACUGCUGAUGCGUCGACCUUAUUUUAUGUUGCAGCCAAAAUGUUUUAAAGCGGGUUUGCAUUUAUACAUUGUUCGGUACUAUUGGUGCAUGAGGGGUUGACUGAGACUGAGAAUUAUUUUAGCCUAUAGUGCUCAUUGUGCAGUUUGUGGUUAUGAGUGAGCAUGGAUGGUUGGAUUUCGAGUCUGUAGUAAUUUAUACCUAAUUUCUUGUGGGUUAUUUUCAGAAGUAAUGUGUGGGGAAAACUGGUGUUGGUUGAAGUUCGGCUUUUUCCUUUAAAUUCUAUUUUGUGCAUUUCUAUUAGAUGUUGGUUGGUAAAAUAUGCCUUGUAUUUAUAGAAACAUUUUAGCUUUGGACAUAUUUAAGAAUGAGGUUUAAUUAGCAGUAUUACUUUUAUUUGAUUUUUUAAAAUGUGUGAUACAGUCUGUCCAUUUCAAAACAAAAUGGAAAAUGUAAAAAAAAAAAAAUAUAUUUUUGCCUUGAAAUAAUGUACAGAUUAAGUUUAAGAGUUCACUGGGUUUAGUGUGCUUUUUUGAUUGGUCCAGGCCGCUUUUGUGUACAGUGACGGAUACUUUACAUACUUCAAGGCGUUUCUGACCACCUACAGUAUUAGCUUAUGGUAUCAGGGCUUUCAGGAGGUGACUCCAAAGCACUGAUGUUAUGCCUUCUGACCUUUUGCCAGACUUUUCUGCAAAAAGCUAUGUUUAUACUUAUUUUUAUUUGACAUGACCAUGCAACCUGCACUGCGUGAAAAUAUGGUGUGGCUUUCAACAUCAGCAUUUCUUCAUGGAUCUUGGGAUGUAGAGCUUGUGCAGAGUUUGAGAACUGAUGAGAAUCUGCUCAUAUGUUAAGCCUGUGGAAGCAUAACAUCACUAUAGGCUGGUUUGGGGUUACUUGGCGUGCAUUUUCUUGCUUUAGACCACAAACCCCUGAAUGCCCUGGUAUCUGGCAGGUUGUCAAACUUCUCUAAAUGUUAAGUAUCCAAUUUAUCCUUUGUUGCACUCAAACUGUCUAGGGUAGUCAAAAACAUACACUAAUGCUGAAAUCUAUCAACAAAUUAUGAUAUUUUCUAUCACAAUUUACGAUAGUGAAUACCCAUUGUAAACUACUCCUUUAAGUACAAAUCCAACCUGUAAUAAACUAUGCACAAACGUUGGUAAUUA